GGGGGGGGGGGGGGGGCGGAGAAACGAGCGUGCUUGGGCCGUCGCCGAGCCGCCAUGGACUCGCGCAAGCUGAGUGAACUGCGGGCCUUCGUCCGGCUGUGCAAGCAGAACCCGAGCCUGCUGCACACCCCAGAGCUAGCCUUUCUCCGCGAGUGGGUGGAGAGUAUGGGAGGCACAAUACCGCCUGCUCCAGCCAGUGCCUCCACAGAGGGGACAAGUAAGGGCAAAGCAGAAGAACACACAGAGGAGCCGGUUAAAUCACCUGAACCAGAAAGUGAAGAGAGCGACUUAGAAAUUGAUAAUGAGGGAGUGAUAGAACCAGACAAUGAUGACCAUCAAGAAAUGGGAGAUGAAAAUGUGGAGGUAACUGAAGAGAUGGCAGAUCAAGCUAAUGAAAAGAAGAUUGAAGCGAUAAAUGCUCUCAGUGAAGGGGACCUUCAGAAGGCUGUUGACUUGUUCACAGAUGCUAUCAAGCUGAAUCCAUGUUUGGCCAUCUUGUACGCCAAGAGGGCAAGUGUUUUUGUGAAACUGCAGAAGCCAAAUGCUGCCAUUAGAGAUUGUGACAGGGCCAUCAAGAUUAAUCCUGACUCGGCACAGACCUAUAAGUGGAGGGGGAAAGCACAUAGACUUCUUGGUCACUGGGAGGAAGCAGCUCAUGAUCUUGCAUUAGCUUGUAAACUGGAUUAUGAUGAAGAUGCGAGUGCCAUGCUGAAGGAGGUGCAGCCAAGAGCUCAGAAAAUUGCAGAACAUCGACGAAAAUAUGAGCGGAAACGUGAAGAAAAGGAAAUCAAAGAAAGAAUAGAAAGAGUGAAGAAGGCACGGGAGGAGCACGAGAAAGCACAACGGGAGGAAGAAGCAAGACGACAGGCAGGAGGAGCUCAGUUUAGUGGCUUCCCAGGUGGCUUCCCAGGUGGCUUUCCUGCAGCUGGAGGCAUGCCAGGAAUGGCAGGUAUGCCAGGUCUCAAUGAGAUUCUCAGUGAUCCAGAAGUUCUUGCGGCCAUGCAAGAUCCAGAAGUUAUGGCUGCAUUCCAAGAUGUUGCCCAGAACCCAGCAAAUAUGUCCAAGUACCAGAGCAAUCCAAAGGUCAUGAAUCUCAUCAGUAAAUUGUCUGCCAAAUUUGGCAGUAAACCGUAAAAUCCUGAGUUCUUAAAAAAAUCAUAUCUGAAUGGCAAGAAUUGGAUUUGGCUAACCAGUGUUGCAAUAAAACAAACCAUUUUACCUCUGAUCUUAAGAAGAGAAACAUGAUGUUCUAAGGAUAACUGUUCUCUAGCCCCAAGUAUUGACUUUAUUCAAUUAUUGGUUUAUAGAAUUCAAAUUAUAUUCAGAUGGCCUAGUUUUCAACCAUCUCUUCUUGUCCAACAGUUGCAACCUUUCAUUAUAAAUAUUACAAACAGUUUUCUCCGAAUGAACAUUCUUAUAACAAAUUAUAGUAUUCCAGGAGUAUAAGAUAAAAAGAUGCCGUUUUUUUUUAAUUGCUCUCACUGAGCAAAGGGAAAAGUACAUUAACAGUUGAAGUCUGUCUUAAUCCCCUUAGGACAGAAAAAUAGCAAAGGUGGGACAAGUCUGAAGAAUUAACUGGAUAAAGGAAUUGUCUGCAAAUACAAUUUUUUUUUAUGAAUGAUUGACUUUUUAGAGCUAUUAUCAGUAUAAUCAGGCUAGCUAGUUACUGAAACUUCUGGCAGUACUGCAAAUACUAUAUCAUUUUGAUCACCACAACUGUGCAGGAAAGGGACAGUUCUACCCUUUGCACAACCUGGCAUGAAGUACAUAUUGCUGAGGCCACAGAUGUUUUGUUACUUGUUCAGUUCUUGUCCAGCACCUUUACAUAACAUUUUAUUUAUCAAUCUGGGUAUGGGAGAGCAGCUUCCUGUCUGUGCUUGUGCUCUUGUCCUUUCACAGUUGGCAGGCCCUUUGCUGGUUGCACUCACCCUUCCUUGGGGCCAUGCUUACCAGGUUACAUCUAUUUGGAAACUUUAGGGAAGGAAUCUUGUUCCCAUCACUACCUCUGUCCCACUAAAUGCAAGCCAUUCAGAACAUGUACAUGCAGAGUUACAGAUUGGUGCAAGGGAGAAUACUCAACAAAAUUGCAGCUCUGGGUUCUGAAUUGUUUUGAGUCCUUACAUGCUCAUUGAUUAAAUUUUUUUGGUCAAAGUUCUGCUGUCCCUAUAGAGGUGAUGACUCUUCACGACAUUCUGUAGUCUUCUGUCUUUUCUAGUAGCCUCUUGUUUAAAAAAAACCAAACUGUUGUUGUGGUUUCAUACCUCCAUGGUUUUGAGGCUUGUGAUAUGGAGGAAAAGAUGAAGUAAUUGGAACAGACAGAACAUUCUUCUAACACAUGCAUUUAUCAGCAUGGGUAUCUUUGAAGCAAUGUCUGUGCUGAUGAUGUUCAUUUGAUUUGGCUACCAAUAAAUACAGUUGUUUCAUCUGUUUGUCUUGGCUAAAACAUCCUUACGUGGAAAAAAUGACCAUAGUUACCUGUUCACCCCUUGAGUUUCAAGGGUUGUGUUACUCUUUUUUAAUUCUGUAUAUUAAGCCAUAAUUGAUGUUACCAUUUUUAAACAAAUCUGGUUUGAUGUAGGAACUCAACAGCAAUUGCAAAAUAGUAAAUCCCCAGAUGCUUUUUCUCCUACUAAUGACCCUGCACAAUGAAAUGUGAAUCUUUUUGCUUAAGAAAUACAGUUCUGAAUACUUCUCUUAGCCUUUAAAAAUAAAGUAUGGGUUUGAAAAACACAGCUUUUUGGGGUUGUGUAACUUUCUGAUAAAAACUGUUAUGCUUAAAUUAAAUAUGGAAGUUAUGGAAGCUUUAAUUAAACUGUAUAUAUAACUUGUAUUUUAAAUUGGAACAAAAUGCCUAAGGGCUCAUCUUCAUGACCAAAUGAACUCAAAUUACAAUUGUGUGUUGCUGUGUGCAUGACUUUUGGUCAUAGUCUUGAUCUCCCAUUCCCAAGAAGAGAUAUUUGAAGUAGGUCACCCUUCAAUAUACAUUAAAUCUUGACCUCUGCAUUCAGGGUAGUGCAUAUGUGUUGUGCAUAAAUCAUAGUAUUUUGAAUAUAAGUUUAUUCCCUACAGUUUCCUGUUAAUCCAAUUUGGCUAUUUGUGUCUGUCUACCCAUGAACAGUCAAAAGUAGGAAGUUACUCCUACCUAAUAAAAAUGGUCAUCUGUGUCCUGCCUGUUUGCUUACACAUCAGUUGCCCUUACUGAGAGUUGAUAGAUUCUAUAAAAGCAUUCUCUCUCAUUUUGAUAUUGGCAUUAGCAGUUUAGCUGAAUUCCUGUUCUUUGGGAAUAUACAUCUGUGACUCCCUUGGUAUGUGAGCUUUUUUAGUUUUAGUGUUACUCAGCAAGUAAAUUGAUGAGCUGUCUGGACCUCAUCUCAGUUCCCCAAGUUGGUGUAUGGACAUCCAAGCAGCUAAGCUGGUUUGAACAGAAAUAAAAGUGCAGAAAGCUAACUGCACAAAAGAUGAGCAGAGAUGAGAAGUUUCAAAUGUGGAAUAUAAGUAGCUAAACUAGGGAGUUGGUUGCUCCUAUAUUUACUGGCAGCUCCUUCAGGUUGUUUGUUCUGUUGCAGCAUAGUGUAGAGGUGGUUGUUGUAAGAGCAGUGGCAAUAAUCAGCUCUGCUGGCACUUGAUCUCUGAAAGCUGCAAGAUUGUAUGGAUGUCAGCUGGGACAGAGUACUGCCAGUCCUGCCCCUGGCUCAGGUGUGCCUUUCAGCCUUGUGCACAAGUCCUGUACUGUGCUGUUUGGCUGAUCCUAUGCCACAGGUUCAAUGACCCAGGCUGCCCAGGAGUGCAGUGAUGCACCUGCAGCUGACUGGUAGCAGAGGCUCAUAGUCUUGUUCCCAAUGACUUGACUGUCCUCUCUGGUUCACCUGCUGCCCCAAGGGAAAGCAAGAGUCAGCUCAGUUGCCACAUCCAGGCUGUUCUAGUUCACAGGGAGUCCUUUUGCGUUGUAAUGUGGAAAAUGCAAAGCUUGGUGCCUUUACCAGAAUUUUUUUGAAAUUUUCUCUCCAUUGUUGGGCUAUGAAUAAAUACUACUUGUUGAGGUGGCUUGGUUUGUUUUUGUGAGAAGGCAGUGACUGGAUAAGUAGGAGCCAGACUCUAAAAGUUGGAUGAAGGCAGAUGGGCCUCAGCCUUGAGGAUGAUGGAGUGCGGGCAGCAUUUUAAGAAAGUAAUUCUGGAUUACCAAAGAGCUGAAGUGGAGUAAAAAAAUGUGGUGUCCAACUGAAUGCAGAUAUCUCCAUGUUCAGUACCACAAGACAAAUCAUAGGAGGUCAGUAGUGAUAAAAGAAAAUACAAAUACAGAGGAAGCAGGAACAGUUUUGAUGUGGCAAUUAAAUGAAGCAGAUCAGGUGGUUGCUGGUGGAGCUAUAGUAUGGAGCAAGGAAAAAAAAUUAAAGUGACAAGUCACUGAUCACCUUGCAAGACAAAGCGUGGGUAAGUCCUACUCACUUGAUAUCCUCACAAACAGGAACUUAAUGUAAGACAAACUUUUCCUUGUCCCUACUGACUGGAGGGCCAGAGGUCCCAUGGAAUGUAAAUACUGAGGAUUCUCCUGUAAAUCUGAAUCCUGAUGACUAACCAAAUCCAGAUGUUCAUUUGUAAUCUUGCUAACAGAGUGUUACUACCGUAUAUGUCUGCAGUACAAACACAUUUUUGAAAGCUGUAGUCUAGAUGGAUGAUUCAGACAAGUUUGAAGUCUUAUCAAUAAAGACAUAUAUUUGCAGAA